AUGGGCGCCGAAGUCAUGAUGCCUACAUUUCCACCUACCGUGCAGGGCCCUAAGCUCAAGGAACCUAUGCGGCCAACGAAUCAACUGCCAGACUUUCUCAUUAGUGAGGCCCGGCGUGUUGAAAGGGUUGCAUUUGACCCAAAGAAGCAUCUUCAGAUAGCUGAACCAGAAAGGAUCUACACUAUGCAGGAAAUCGGACUCGGGGGACAGGGCAUUUCACCUGUCGCGGCAUCAGCACCCUUCUCUAUCUUCACACCCGAGGCCGUCGCUCAGAUGAGAGCCGAGAUCUUUAGCGAGGGAGUGCUUCAGAGCUGCCAGUAUACUUCUGACUUUGCGAAGAACAUGAUCCGUGGCUACGGACCCAAGCUUUGCCCUUUUAUCUUCGACGCGUGGAACAGCCCCGAAGUCUUGAGUGCCGUCUCAAAAGUUGCUGGUGUCGAUCUUGUCCCGGCAAUUGAUUACGAAGUCGGCCAUAUCAACAUCUCUAUCAACGAUGUGACAACUGAGCUUAUCACGGCCAAGAGUACCGCGACUUACUUGGAGGAUGAGGAAUCUGCAUUCGCCUGGCACAGAGAUAGCUACGCCUUUGUGUGUGUAACCAUGCUUUCAGACUGCACUGGCAUGGUUGGCGGCGAGACAGCCAUGCGAACGGGUACUGGAGAUGUUAUGAAGGUCCGGGGGCCAGCAAUGGGCACCGGCGUUGUGAUGCAGGGCCGAUACAUCGAACACCAGGCCUUGAAGGCGAAAGGCGGCAGAGAGCGGAUCAGCAUGGUGACCGCUUUCCGCCCGAAGAACCCACUGGUCAGAGACGAAACAGUUCUCACUGGCUCUCGCCCAAUUAGCGGCCGAUCUGACCUCUACUACCAAUGGAGUCAGUACCGUCUCGAGGUGCUUGAGGAGCGUCUUCGUGAUGGAGCCAAGAGGCUUCGGGACCGUGAGCGCACUGGCCGUCCUUUCGACCUCGACUCGGCUCGCGAAUUCUUGAAUCUACAAAAGCAGUUUCUCGAGGCCACCAUUCUUGAACUUGAAUAA